GGUUUGACCCAUUCACUAGCGAGACGUGGGAGAAAGAACGUGUUGUCGGUUUUACUAGUGCCUUGCUGCAGUUUUGUUUACUAAUUCCUCGAAAAGUUUCGGGAAUAGUUAGUAAUGCCAAGUAAAGAAGAGAUGUGUAUUCUGUCUGGCAAUAACGGUUCCACAACGCAAGAUUUCAUGGCACGAGAUAUGGAAGAGCUCGUGUCAGAAAUCAAGGAAAACCUUCGCCUUUCUGGUUUAAAGACGAGGUCGUCAUUUUCGCUUCACAAGUCUCGAGCAUCACCAUACAGGAUACCGAGCAGAAGUUGGAGCGAUUCAACUUGUGAUGGCUGCUUAAAAUCUGGCAACAGCUGUAGUGGUCAUACGUGCCUCACUGUCAACAGGAAGUCCUCGAAAUCUACGGAUGCUUCAACUGACGAUCCGUAUGAAAUGCUGCAGGAGCUUCUGCGUGAUGGAAGUCUUAUCAAGGAAGCAGUUCGGCGGUUGCAGAAGGGACUGUCUCCAAAGCAGAGGUACUUCUACGACUCCGACGAGGAUGUAUGCAGUCCGCUUCGAAUGUGCCAUCUGGAGAUUUGACUUUACCGAAACUGCAGAAAUAGUCCUUUCUGGAGUGACGGGUGUACAAAUUGUGAAGUGCAGGCGUAUGUCGUUAGUCAAAACAGUUGGUGUUGCGUAUACGAGCUGUAGCGUUACGCUGAAAGUAUCGAAAUUCUGGAGGUGUGCAGGCAUUGAGUGAAUUAUUUCUUCGUAUAUCCUGAAUGAAAACGUGGAUUACGCUUAAUUUUUCUGUGUCUUUCAACUAUUAUUAACCUAUGAAUGUUGUACGCUUAUGAAAUGUGGAAAAAUAUCUUCUAUUUCCAUCGAUUGUAUACUAGUUGCAGUACAUUACAUCUGUGUAGUUGAUGUGUAUAUUUGUUUUAAAACGAGUGAGAGGAUGAAUCUAUAAAAAUGUUUGUAUUUAUAAAGUAUUUAAAAGUGAAUGUGUGAUGUUCGACAAGGUUGACAUUCCCGUCUUGUUCAGUACUGACGUAAGUUGCCGAUAAUUUUUCAUUUAUUGUAUUGUCAUUGAUCUCAUUAAAUCAAUGCAAUGUUCUUGUUUCGAAAGCUUAAUGCUACAAUUUGAAGUUUAACUUAGUUUGUGGCGUCAGUGUCUUUGUGUGUUUCUCUCAUACUCAUAGUUGUGAUUUCUCAGUCAUAUGUGUGUUGGAUACAGUAUUUAAAAUGCACACGUUUCUCCUAAUGUAAGAGUAAGAGCUUGUAGGGUGAGAAGAAAUUCUCGUAAAUGUUAAAGGGUCGCUUUAACGAGUUUUUUCUUUCUGAUAACCAGUAUUGUUAUGUGGACAAUAUAAAAUCUUAAACUAGCGUGGCACUUGUUAAAAACAAGUCGAAUGUUCUGUCCGAAAUAAGAUUUUGCCGUUUCUUUAAUUGUUGCUGUCAUUUUGUUCCAGCUUUCUACUGUUAAUUUCAGAACGUGUUUUGUAUGUGUCGGUUUCAGAUUGAAAAGGAUUAUACAGUUUUAUGACAAGGAUUUAAUUAUGAAAGUCCAUGUAUUUACUGUGCAUGUUUUAGUGCAUAGAAUCCAUUGUUCAUUAUUGAACAGAAACAUUAAAACGUAUUAUUUUGA